AGACGCAGUAAUAUCCUAAAAUUCCGAGAAGGAAGUGCUGUCGAACGACUUAUUUCCUAGAUUUCCUGACUACUUAUUGGCGGAGACAGGUAAAAAGUGUAUUGAGUGUGGUCCUGGGAGAAGGCAUCAGUGACUAUUCCCAGGGUUGGCCAAACCAUUCUACAUCAUGGAAUCCCAUGGCGAUGAUGACCAGAUGAAUCCAGAUAUCUCACCCUUCCAUGGCAAUCAGGAUUCAAGCAGUGCGUAUUCAGCUCUACAAAUGCUGACGUCAGCGCAGCCCUCCCCAGCAGAAGGUCUGCCUGGCAGGGUGUUACAGUUCAUUCCUGUCAUCAAUGUAACAAGUUCUGAGAGCAUAGCCUCCGAUGUCAUGUCCCAAUCUCAGUCGGUGACGGUACAAGCCCCAUCGGAGCUUUGUGAUGAGACAAUCCUCUUAAGGAAUUAUAUUUCACAGUUUCAGAACUUGGCAGCUCUCCAACCCUUCCCCCCAGCCCUGGUGAUGGCCCCACAGGAUUCAUCCAUGACUGCGUCAAAUGCCUCGCUGAUAACAUCCUCAGAAACUGCCAAUCCUCCUUCAGCCAGCUUGCCAAAGCUGACUACUCUAACACCUUCACAGUUCAUGCUAGUAUCAUCAACAGAGCUCCUCCCCAUGACGUCAUCUUCCCAGAUCACCAUGACAACCUCGCAUCCUACCAUGACAUCACCAAGUUCAUUGGUCGCUUCCUCGCCAGACUUGCUCACCUUCACGAGUCCGCAACUCACCACCAUGAUGUCCCAGGCAGCAUCCAGCCUACAAACCAUCCCCUCUUUGACUGACCUGGUUCCAUCUGUAAUAGAUGGAGUGGUGUCAAACCAAGAGUCAGUGACAUCAUCCCAGCUUCCUGCUUCUCUGGACCCUCUGGUGCUUCCUGCAACCGAUCCUCAGAGCCUCCUAGACGUGGCCACCCAGGUCAUCAGGGAAGACGCUCAAGAUCUUCCUAAUGACGUUGAGGCAGGAGAGACAGACUUCACAACCUGCUGGGGGGAUACCCUGGUUGAGGAACCAACCACAUCUUCAGCGCUUGAUGACGAUGGAGAAUACCAUGAUUCUUUCACAGAAGAAUGGUCCCGACACUUCAAAGAGAAAUUCUCUCCAUACUUUGGUUAUGUCCAUACGCUUGAGGAGGCAGAAGAGUUGCUUCACGUCUAUGAAAUGUGCACAGAAUCCAAGUAUGUAGGCAUCAAGCGAUGCGACAAGACAAACUUUGAGAUCGAUGCUUCUAAAGGACGACCAUUUCGAUACACCCCUCUUAUCAUCUGCGGGCACAAGGUUCCCUUUGAUCGUGUGCCGUACUACCACGGGGGUAAGGCCAUGUAUUACUGCCACCUGGGAAGCAAGAGAAAAGAGCCUCCGAAGGACCGCCCCUUGAAGAAUCCUCAUAAGCGAAUGCAGAGCAAGAAAGUUGGAUGUGAGGCCCGUAUUGCCUUCCGCGUGGUGGCAAGGUUUCCAGAGCAUAAGCUGAAGGACGAUACAGAGCACCAUAGACUGGUAGCAUCACAGAAAUUGUCUAGAGUUUGGAAGGAAGGUGGCAGGGACAUGGUCGUGGAGUGGAGGGUCUACGUCAUGCUACCGAAAGCCAGUGCCCACACGAACCACGAGCUCGUUCGCACGUUACGACUCCGCGACAGACCGCUCGACAGGAGAUUGAUUGGUCGGAUCUGCCAACUUGUGCAGAUGGGAUUGAGGAACACGCACACCAUUAUGAAGCAUGUGGUACACUUUGCAGAAUAUGUGCUUUCUAAAGAAGGAAUGACUUGGAAGAAUCGCAAAGAUAUCUGUGGUAGUAGGCAGGUGUGGUGGUAUCGUAAGCAAAUGCUGGAUCAUAUGGACAGUAACACGCUGGAGACGUCCAAAUUCCUAGAAAUGAUAAAGGAGGUCGAGGACAUCGCUCAAAGACACAGUUACAAUGGCUUCAUCCAGGAGCCAUCGGGAGGGGAGGAUGGCAUGGGUACAGGGAAGUGGAAGAAGCGCACAGAACUCAAGAAUCGCAAAAGCUAUGAAAAGCAGCUGUCGAACCUGAAGGAGGAAUGUUUCAACGAGUUGCAGCACUUUGUUAAGAAUGUGAGUUCCUGUACACAGGUGGAAGUGCUUGCAAGAACGUUAAACACUUUUAGAACUUUUAGGAAGACAUUUGAGAAGGAGUUGAUGUGUGAAGAGAAUAAAAAAGAAGAACCAAACCAUGAUCCCACCUUCCCAAAUGGGAUUAUACAGAUAUUAGAUAUGGACUCAUCGCAGCACCUUAGUCAACUCAUGCAGAUACAGACUUCUGAUAUGAAAACCAACAUCUUGCAGUGAAUACGUACACCAAAGGGAUCGUUUAACAGUGUCAAAUCUGAGAUGCACGGCCCUACGUUUAAUCGGUGUCUGUGAUUAAGAAGUGCCCCAAGAAAGUAAAAACCUUUGAGUGACCGGUUUUACCAUACUUGUUUUCCCCAAUAGACCGUAGUGUUAUGAAAAUCGUUUGGCAAACAGAUUGCAAGAUGUCUAAAUAUCUUGAUAAUUAGACAGGCGAUCGGCUUGUAAAACUCAUGGGGUUCCUGACUGACACA